AUGAAACACCUUUUGACACUCGCUCUUUGCUUCAGCAGCAUCAAUGCUGUCGCUAUCAACAACCCUCACAAGGCUUCAGGAGCUGAAAAGCCUGAAGGCAGCCUCCAGUUCUUGAGUCUUAGGGCCUCAGCACCCAUUGGAAGCGCCAUCUCUCGUAACAACUGGGCCGUCACUUGCGACAGUGCACAGCCAGGAAAUGAGUGCAACAAAGCCAUUGAUGGCAACCGUGAUACUUUUUGGCAUACAUUCUAUGGAGCCAAUGGAGAUCCAAAGCCCCCUCACACUUACAAUAUUGACAUGAAGACAACCCAGAACGUCAAUGGCUUGUCUAUGUUGCCUCGACAAGAUGGCAGCCAAAACGGCUGGAUCGGUCGCCACGAAGUUUAUCUAAGCUCCGAUGGUAAAACCUGGGGAAGCCCAGUUGCUACUGGCAGUUGGUUCGCCGAUUCCACAACCAAAUACUCCAAUUUUGAAACUCGUCCUGCUCGCUAUGUUCGUCUGGUCGCUCUCGCUGAGGCUAAUGGCCAGCCUUGGACUAGCAUUGCCGAGAUCAACGUCUACCAGGCUAGUUCUUACACAGCCCCUCAGCCAGGUCUUGGACGCUGGGGUCCGACUAUUGACUUGCCGAUUGUUCCUGCGGCUGCUGCCAUCGAGCCUACAUCGGGCCGUGUCCUUAUGUGGUCUUCAUACCGUAAUGAUGCAUUUGGAGGCUCCCCUGGCGGUGUCACCCUGACUUCUUCCUGGGAUCCAUCCAGCGGUAUUGUUUCUGACCGCACUGUGACUGUCACCAAGCAUGAUAUGUUCUGUCCUGGUAUCUCCAUGGAUGGCAACGGUCAGAUCGUGGUCACAGGUGGUAAUGACGCCAAAAAGACAAGUCUAUACGACUCACCUAGCGAUAGCUGGGUUCCAGGACCUGACAUGCAAGUUGCUCGUGGAUAUCAGUCAUCAGCUACCAUGUCAGACGGUCGCGUUUUUACUAUUGGCGGUUCUUGGAGCGGUGGCAUCUUUGAGAAGAAUGGCGAAGUCUAUAGCCCGUCUUCAAAGACAUGGACGUCCCUACCCAAUGCCAAGGUCAACCCCAUGUUGACAGCUGAUAAGCAGGGAUUGUACCGUUCGGACAACCACGCGUGGCUUUUUGGUUGGAAGAAGGGAUCAGUUUUCCAAGCAGGACCAAGCACUGCCAUGAACUGGUACUAUACCAGUGGAAGUGGUGACGUAAAGUCAGCCGGUAAACGUCAAUCCAACCGCGGGGUGGCCCCUGAUGCCAUGUGCGGAAACGCUGUCAUGUACGACGCAGUUCAGGGCAAGAUCCUGACUUUUGGUGGUUCCCCAGACUAUCAAGACUCUGACGCCACAACCAACGCUCACAUCAUUACGCUUGGUGAACCUGGAUCAACACCCAAGACUGUCUUUGCUAGCAAUGGCUUGUACUUUGCCCGAACCUUUCACACCUCUGUUGUUCUUCCAGAUGGAAGCACGUUUAUUACAGGAGGCCAGCGACGUGGAAUUCCGUUUGAGGAUUCAACGCCCGUGUUGACACCAGAGAUUUAUGUCCCUGAGCAAGACACCUUCUACAAGCAAAACCCCAACUCUAUUGUUCGUGUAUAUCACAGCAUUUCCCUUUUGUUGCCUGAUGGUAGGGUGUUUAAUGGCGGCGGUGGUCUUUGCGGCGACUGUACUACGAAUCAUUUUGACGCGCAGAUCUUUACGCCAAACUAUCUCUACGAUAGUAACGGUAACCUCGCGACGCGUCCGAAGAUCACCAGGACCUCUACACAGAGCGUCAAGGUCGGUGGAAGGGUUACAAUCUCAACAGAUUAUUCGAUUAGAAAGGCGUCGUUGAUCCGUUAUGGUACAGCGACUCAUACAGUCAAUACUGACCAGCGCCGUAUUCCUCUGACUCUGAUGAACAACGGAGGAAAUAGCUAUUCUUUCCAGGUUCCUAGUGACACUGGAAUUGCUUUACCUGGUUAUUGGAUGUUGUUUGUGAUCAACUCGGCGGGUGUACCGAGUGUAGCUUCGACUAUUCGCGUUACUCAAUAG